CUGUGACAACACUAGUGCCAUAUGCAUGUCCAAAAACCGUGUGCAGCACUUCAGAACUAAGCACAUAGAAGUAAAGUUCCAUUUUAUUAGGGAAUUAGUCGAGCAACAUUUAAUUCAAUUGAAUCAUAUUCCUACUGAAUUCCAACUGGCAGAUCUGUUUACUAAGCCAUUAAAUGCAGAUCGAUUUACUUUCCUUUGCUAUGAACUCGGGCUUCGAUCUCCAGAGAAUCUGGAGAAUUUGAUCUGAUUAAGAUGCUCCUCUUACCUUAGUUUUCUUUUUUGCUUUCCUUUUGCAAUUCUUCCUUCUUAUGUGCUUACCUUUUAUGUGUGUUAGUUUAAGUAUUUAUACGUCUAAGUGUUCUGGUUCUGGUCAUUCAUUCUUAGUUUGUGUCUUAGCGGUCUGUCCUAGUCCCUUCAAUGGUGUUCGAGUUCUCCAUCACCUACACAGGUACCCUGUUUCAUGAUCUUAUCCCUGCUAAUGCCCAUAGGCAUGCCACUUCUUAUGCUCGUCGCCCCAUUAUUCCUACCUAUCAGAUUCCUCAUGCUGGUCUAGUUGAUUAUGGUAUUGACUUCUCUCACCUUAUUCGUAACCUGGGAUGGGAGUUUCUUACUGAUCAAACCCUUGAACAUAUCUGUCCUGAGGCAGUUCGCCUUUUUUAUUCAAACUUUCGAUCGUUUGGUCUAGAAACUCGCACGUUUACCACCCUGAUUUAUGGUAAUCUUGUCACCAUUCCUCUUGAAGAUCUUAGUCGUCUACUUGAUAUUCCCCAGGUUGGUGAGGUUUUGGCUCAUGAGUCUGAGCUAGUUCUGUUCAACUUUGACAUUGAGCAAGAGUUUGUGAAACUGACUGGUCAUGCUCCAGAUGCUCUGCUCACCCUUCCCACCACAUUUCUGUUGCCUGGUAUCCGAACUUUUCACUUCUUUCUCACUCAUCGCUUCCUUCCUAGAACCGUGCUUUUAGAUAGAGUCACCCCUCUAGAUCUCUGGAUUAUUCAGCAUGCUGUGAACAAUGUCCCUCUGAACUUCUCCCACCUGCUGUUUGGACAUCUCUACAUGUUCCAGUACUUCGAAUACCACGGUCAUCUUCCUUUCGGCCCUCUUAUCACACGUCUCAUCACUCGUCUUGAAAUUUCUCUUGACCCCUUCCGCUCCACCACUCCUACUAUCUACAUUACUGUUGAUGAUGUCCUGGACGAGAUUGCCAUUGCCGUUGAGGGGGAGGAACCUUCAGACUCUUCAGACGAUUUUCCAGAGGAAGAACCUGCUGAAGAACCUCAUCCAGAUAUAGAAGUGCAUUGGAUCAGCAGUACCAGCAGUGACAGCAGCAGCUGCAAUGACAGUGAUGAGGACGACGCUGAUCCUGGAUCCCCUCCAUUAAGUGAUGUGCUUGCUGAUCUUCGAGAUGCUUAUGAAUCUGACUAGAUCUUCUUUCGAUUGAUAACAGUUGAUGCUUUGGUUUGCUGGACGUGUCUUUUUCCCAGCUGUUUGGACUCUCUGGAUUUACUACUCUCUUGUGUGUUGAAUAUUUGCUUGCUAAAUGGGUGGUGUGGUAGAAUUUUUUUUCUAUGUGUUAUCUACUCUUGUGUGCGGGAGAUAGUAUCUGUUUUGCAGGAAUCAAGCGGACAAUUGGCAAUCUCCAACUUAGGGGGAGAUUGUUGAAUUGGCAAGAUUCAAAGUCAGAAUCAAGUUAGGAGAUUGCCAGAUCAUGGAUCAAGGGGGAGCAAAUCAAUCAAUCAAGAUAUCAAUCAACAGCUGUUCAACGUACCCUUUCUGGUCCAACCUCAAUCUCCAACGGCUACUGGUAAGAGCUAUUUAAAGAAGCUGAAGGGAAGAAGCUCGAUACUGAAGAAAACAGGGAUUCCUUUGUGCAAAGAGCAGAGGGUUGGGUUUGGGAUUCAGUGGCUUUGAUUCAAGCUGGGGUAGAGGUUCAGCUUGAUCAAAGGGUGUUUCGAAUUCCUGCGAGAAUUCGGGUCUAGGUCUGUUGCACUUUGAUUUUCUCACCUGUGUCUGUAAUUCGUAUUGUCUAGUUCUUUUCUUCUUUGUGUCAAUCAAAAAGAAAAUCAAAGUGUCUCUCAGGAUAGUGGUACUAUCCUGGGACGAGGAGUAGCCCUGUGGCGAACCUCGUUAAAAAUCCUCGGUGUACUUUAAGAUUCUGCAACUCUCUUCCUCCUCAGUUCUGCUUCUCUGUCUCGACCGAGCCUUGGCUCUAUGAAGAAGAUGAUCUUCUCUGUUCCUUCUUCUCAGAGCUUGGGCCAAAACUGAUCAAAGUCUGGAUCAGUCUUCUCGGGUCGAUUGGGCUUGAAUUAACUGAGCCCAUUGCGAAUGGCUCUCUAGUGCUCGGUUGGUAAGUUGAGUCAGAUCCGUCUCAACCAAGAAAUUCCAACCGGUUUGAUCUCUCAUUUGACUCUUAAGUCAAAAUCCCUAAUCUACUAUUUUAUUCAAUCGUCAUUUCCUCUUUCACUUGAUUCUUCUUCUCCUACACAAACGACAUGCAGAAAUUAGGGGUUAUUGAUAAUGCAUGUUUUUUUUAAAGGAUGCGAAAUACCACUACCUCUUAUGUAUAAAUCGAGCCAACGGUAAAAUCGUUAACAUUGUCAAAUAACAAUCAACGACUAGUGUUUGGUUAAGAGAGACCCAUCCAAGUUCACUGUGGGUAGGUUAAGGUUAGUUAAGUUAGUUGGCUUUCAGGUUGUUAGCAAGUUAGCUAGAUUGAUGUUGAUCUCAUAAUCCAUUCUAAUUUAAAAUGUUCCCUGUCUUGAUUCUUUCCUUCCCCUUCUUGAUCAAUUCCACCUCUCAUGAUGCAUACAAAAUCGUGAGGUUUCGAUUCUAUCUCGAUUUCUUGGUCUUGCUUUGUCUAGUUUUGUCCUAUUCUUGUUCCAUCUUAUUUUAAAUGUUCUUCAACAUUAAUACAAAUUGAAGUUAUUUUGACUCUUCCAUAAUAUGAAAGGUAUAGCUUAGGCGAGCUUCUCUUUUCUCAAAUAAUUGCUCUACCUUAUGGAUUUAGAAAGGGUUUUGUGAUGUACACGGGCAGCCGUGAUUUAUCGGGCAUUAAGAUCUUGUGUAUUUUUAUUUGGUUAUUCGCAUUUAAUUACGAUUCAAGACCGUUCGACAUCCACAUUUCUUAAUUAUCGUUCUAGUUGGAUUAUGAUUUGUAAUAGUUUCUGGUUACAUGUAAUUACGGUUUCUUGGGAAAGAAGUGAAGGAAGUUGACUAGUUGAGUAGGGACAGAAGAUGGACUAAGACGAGGAGGGAGAUGAAUUGCUAAAUGGUUAACGCUCGUCUUAAAAAUUACUAACCAUCGUUCUAACUUAAUACAUAAUUUAUCGAAUU